AUGGGCGAGGUGUGUGUCAAGGUGGCGCUCCGUGUGCGGCCGCUGCUUCCGAAUGAACUCAUCCAGAACCACAAGGUAUGUGUGCGGAUAGUACCGGACACAGCUCAGGUUAUGGUCGGUUCCGACAAACUCUUCUCCUUCGACCACGCGUUCGGGCCCACGGCCACCCAGGAUGAGGUGUACAACUCCUGCGUCCAGCCCCUGGUCGAGACCCUGCUCCAGGGCGACAACGCCACUGUGUUCUGCUUCGGACAAACCGGCUCAGGGAAGACGUACACGUUCGGAGGAGGGAACCUGGGUGAGGAAGGAGGAAUCAUUGACCGUGUGGCCAAGAAUGUGUUCUCAUUGUUGGGGGAGAAGAAGAACAGUGAUGGAGUUGAGACAAAAGUGCGCGUCACAUAUUUGGAGCUGUACAUGGAGCAGCUGCAUGACCUGCUGGAGCCUCAUAACACUGACAAAGAGCUUUUUAUCAGUAAGAACGACAAGGGAAACACAGUGGUGGUGGGAGCCAAACAUUUUUUCGUCACCUCAGCAGAGGAGCUACUCUCCGUUGUAGAGGCGGGUAACAUUCUGCGCCACAUCAAAACCACGGGGAUGAAUGAGCACUCCAGUCGCUCUCACACCAUCCUCACCCUUCAGGUCGAACAAGGUUUCCCCAACAACAAUCCCUCCUUAAAGCCUUCCUGCUCCUCCAAACUCUGUCUGGUCGACCUGGCAGGCUCGGAGUUUGCUCGGAAAGGGAACAAGGCAUCACGGCACAACGAGUCUGCUCAUAUCAACAGGGGCCUGCUCGCACUGGGAAACGUUAUCCGUGUCCUGGCCACCCGUGCUCACAACAACUGCAAAAGCACACACAUACCAUACCGUGAUUCCAAGAUCACCCGUCUCCUCCAGGAUUCACUGGGAGGCACUGCCCAUACAUUGAUGGUGGCGUGUGUGAGCCCCUCUCACCACAGUAUAGCUGAGACUGUGGGUGUUUUGCAGUGUGCAGCUAAGGCUCGUCACAUCCGCAACUGUCCGACAGCCACAUCUACUCACUGAGGCAGACCAAGAGCUCAGACAAGAUCUCAAUGGAUGCAAGGGGAUGAUACAAAAGUUAAAAAAGUUACAUCACACGGACGUUCUGGAAGCACAGCUGAUGGAGAACAGAGGACUUACUGUGACUUACUCAUAGAAAACAUCGGUUCAAGAAUCUCAAGGCCAAAUGUCUAUUCUAUGAGACUAGGAGUGGGUGGAGAGAAUUACCUGUCACAGGGGAGGAGGCUAUAUAAGGGCUGGGUGUGUCCUCUUCAAAUGCCUUUGUUUGAGACCAUGCUGCCACACCAGUAAGUUUGUCUAUUUAUCUUAUAUGAUUUGAGUAGGUUUCAACAGAGUGCAUCCUAUUUUAAUUUAUACCUGACUUAACAGACCAAGCUAUAAUGUUACCAAGCAGACAGAACCAUAAAAGAGAACCUGUAAGUAACUUGUUUAGAUGAAAAGAAGUUGUUUAUUGUUUUGUAUUUACUCUGUAUUUGUUCUAUAUGAACAGGACCAAAUGUAAGCAACCAUUGACUAGGGGGUCGUCCAUUACACCAACCUUCCUACCCUGAAGGUUGGUGUAGAUCAACCUCACCUCUAAUAAAUGGUUAAAUAGCUCUUGGAUCCUUGUUUGAAUGUGCCCACCAGCUAGAGGUUCUAUGGUCCAGUAAUAAAGCACAACAGAAACAUA